AUGUCCGCGUUUCAUUAUCAUCACCAUCGGUGGCAGCAGCUUCUGCUGCUCUUGCCGCGAAGCCCGAAAAAGCCGGCCAUCGAGCUUGUACAGCAUUCCCACGGGGCAUCCCUGAAGCUGUUCCAUAAGCAAAAUCAUGACCAACAGCAUCACUAUCAGCGACAACAGCAGAAGCACAACGAACAUCAGCUACGGUACAAGCCAUACAGCCAGCAACACAUCCCCCCUCCAGCUGCAUCGGAGCUCCGGCAAGAGCCAGCUCAUGUGUCGGGGUCCGCAUUCCAGAGGCAGGGCGACGACGCUGCGGCUGCAGAGAUUGGCGGUGCUUUGCUGGUGCUGGGGGACUCCCGCCGUCGCCACGCUGCUAAGAAGCGAGCUGCCUUCCGGGACAGGGAAUGGGAGGGCGACCUGCAGCGGGUUGUCCGAGCCCGCAGCGGGUGCGAACGGGAACGGGGCCAGCGGUUCAACCAUUGGGACGACGGCGGCGGCACAUGGGACUGCGAUACGCUUGGCAUUGAGGGCGCCGACGACUGCGACCUACGGGUGGAGCCUCCCAGGAGAGCCUCCCAGGAGAGCCUCCCAAACCCCGAUGGCCGCAUCGCCUUCCUGGGCCCCGUUCCUUUCCCUCGCUGGCGACAUUGCCUCCACGUCUUUGAGAAGACACACCCGGAGUAA